CAAAAAAACUUACCUUUUACUUUUCAAAUGCUAGAGUAAAGUUCUCACUUAUUUUAGUAUUUCCAAAAGAACAGUGGCUACAAAGCAUAGCGUUGGCAAGGGAGAGAGAAGACAGACAGCAAAGCAAGGGUGGCGUGGGGCGGCAAUCAGCUGACUGGUCGCCGCGGGGACAACAACUAACAAGUAACACAACACAGCCCAGCCCGGCGGCGCUUCCACGCGUGUAAGCGGCGCCCUGCACAUCCCAGCCACCACCAGCACACAACACUACCCUCAGGGAACCAUGUCUGAGACGGAUGGAGUGGUGGAGGUGGCGCCAGUCCCUGUGAGUGAGGCAGCCCAGCCACAGACCAAGAAGCGCAGAGCCUCUGAGAAUGGCCUUCAUGCUCUUCAGAAGAAUGGCUCCAUGGAAAAGGAUAAAAAUGUUGAUGACAGUUAUUUUGCGUCAUACUCUGACAUUGAACUUCACCGUACCAUGAUAGAAGACAGUGUGCGCACCAAUGCCUACCAGCAGGCAAUAUUCCAGAACAUGGAGGAGCACAUCCGCAACAAGGUGGUGGUGGAUGUUGGGUGUGGCACUGGCAUCCUCAGCAUGUUCUGUGCUCAGGCUGGGGCCAAAAAGGUGUAUGCUAUUGAUGCCUCAAAAAUUGCAGUCCAUGCCAAGCAGCUGAUAGAGGCUAAUGGUUACAGCAAUAUCAUAACAGUGCUUCAGGGAAAGGCAGAGGAGGUGGAGCUUCCAGAAAAAGUAGAUGUUAUUGUCAGUGAGUGGAUGGGAUACAUGCUUCUUUAUGAGACCAUGCUGCCUUCUGUGCUUUACGUGAGGGAUAAAUGGCUUAAGCCGGGAGGCAAGAUGUAUCCUGAGCGGGCUGUGCUGCACAUGGCUCUUGGGGAGGCCCAGUGGAUCACUAAGUAUGAGGAAGGAACCUAUGAUUUCUGGGUCUCACUCAACCAUGUGUACAAUCUGGACAUGUCCCUGCUGGCGGACCAUGCUGUCGCCCGUUACAAAGAUGUGGUUCAUGUGCACAUGGUGGCUCAGGAGGAUGUGCUCAGCUUCCCUACGUCCAUCUGUGACCUUGACCUAACCACCAUUACGCCUGAAGAUCUGAGGACCAUCUCCCGACCAUUCUCCCUCUAUAGCAUGGGGUCUCGCCAGCUCAACAGCAUUGUGUUAUGGUUUGAUGUGUGGUUCCCUGGUGGUCUCAAGUUGUCCACUUCCCCUGACAAUGAGGACACACACUGGCAGAACACUGUCUUGCCUCUUGCAACAGUGCCUCUACAGCAGGACACCAAAGUGGAAGGGGAGCUUACCAUAACGCAGGAUCUCACAAACCACCGGUUUCUCAAUGUGGAUCUUACAUACCGGGUGGACAAAGGUGAGGAAGUCACCCGCUGCUUUAAGAUGGAUGACAAUUGCAAUGACAAUGACUUUUGAGUGCAGGCUGACUGGUCCUCCCCAGGUGUAGAUUGCUGUGUUACGGAAAGACCUGAGCAGGUAGAGGAAUUCAUGAUUAGGUCAUUAUGGAAAGGAGGGAAUGCAUCAUUUGAUGGGGCAGUUCAUGUGUUAGGUGAGGACUUAGAGCUCUUGGAAGCACUCUGUGAGAUAAGGAUAUAGAGUGGUUUUAAGUCUUUGCCUCAUGAUGCCACUUACAUUAGUAUUUAAGGUAUUUUUU